AUGCCUCGUCAAUCUACACAUAAAGAAAUCCUGGAUAUUGUGGAUCAGGCUACACUUUCAUUGGCCAAACUACAGUACCAGGAUAUUCUGGAUGAUUUGUCUGACUCUGACAGUGAUUUUGGCACCGACUCUGAGUCUGACUCUGAGGACUUGCUUUCUUCUACUUUGGAUGAUAUUAGCACUAUCAAUCUCGAUAGCUCCCUAUCUUCCAGCGAUUGUGCUUUGCCUUAUGGCAGGCUCCAUGACACCAUUGCUGCUUUACAUGACGAGGUUGAGAGGGCACAUGUACUCCACAAGCCCGAUGAGCCUCCCCCACAAGCUCCUCAGCUUCAUAUGCUGGUUCACCAUGAAGAACACUGCCCUGAGUUGUUUCGGCAGAAACUUCAAGUCAACCCAGAGAUUUUUGAUGAUAUUCUUGAUCAUAUCUCUAGUCACCCUAUUUUUCAAAACGGGUCCAACAAUCCUCAGCUCCCUAUCUCUAUUCAGCUUGCCAUUUUCCUGAAUUGGGCUGGCCACUAUGGCAAUGCCAUUACUCUUCAGGAUGUUACUCAGUGGGCGGGUAUUUGUGUUCGUGUUAAACACACAUCUGCUGUCUUAAAGGGGCGGUUCCAGUCCCUUCGAGAACUCCGCUUCCAUAUUCAGGCUGAGAAAGACCUUGAAUUUGUGGUGCAGUGGAUUAAAUGUUGUAUCAUCCUGCACAACAUGAUCAUUCGCUUCAAAAUUCAUCACCAGAAGCAAGAUGGAACAUACAAGAGCUCUCUCAAUUGGGCUCAUGAUGAGGGGGAAGACUUUUUUGUUCAGGAGCCUGAGGGUCUAGAUGGUGAUGAAGUAGUUGGUGACAGGACAUAUGAAGGCACUCCAGGUCAGGGUGCUCGUGCAAAGCUGAUGGAUAUGCUCUUUGAUAGUCCUUACUCAAAUGCCCAAUGUAGGGCAGAAUGA